AUGGGGCAAGGGGGUCUUCUCUCGCCCCACAUUGGGCACCAAGCUGCCGUGCUGCUGCUUCAAGGACCCUCGACUCCCCACACGGUGGGGAGGGGGAAGCGCCGGCUAGCAGGAGAGCACUGGCAGCGGCUAGCAGCGGGGGGCACUACCCAGGCGAGCCAGGGGCGUCCAGGCAGCGCCUACGGUUCCAUGGUGGACACCAAAACCUCAUCUGAAAAAGGAUCCCUGCUCUAUCCCUAUGGACUGGACCAGGGGGAUAAAACCAACCCCAAACUCGAUGAUGGGACAUUCGAGGCCAUCACCCUCUCCAUUCCCUUCACCUUCUAUGGCAAAACCUACCAAACUGUGUUUGUGAACAAAAACGGGGUGAUCUCCUUUGACGAGCCCGUCAGACAAUACACCCCCGACCCCUUCCCUCUGGCGGACGGGCGCCCUUUUGUGACUCCCUUCUGAGCAGAUGCGGACAACGUGCUGGGUGGGGCCGUCUUCUACUGCCAGAGCACCGACCCGGCGCUGCCGGAGGACAUCAGCCAGCACAUGACCCAGUACUUCCCCGACAGCCCCUUCACCACCACCUGGGCCUUAGUGGCCACCUGGGACCGUGUGGCCUACUAUGGCUCCACCUCUGAGAAGGGGAACACCUUCCAGGCUGUGCUGACCACUGACUCCAAGAUGUUCUACACCAUCCUCAACCACUGGGACAUCCAGUGGACCACAGGGGCAGCGAGUGACGGGGACGCUGAAACAGGACUUGAGGGGACCCCAGCACAUGUGGGAUUCAACAGUGGUGAUGACACCAACUUCUACAACAUUCCUGGAUCCCAAACUGAUGCCAUCAUCAACAUCACCACCACCUCCAACGUCAAGGUCCCAGGACGCUGGGUCUUUAGGGUGGAUGACUUCCAGGCCCCAAAUGUGGAUCCUCCCCAGCUGGACAACAACUUCUGGCUGUAA